AUGGAAGUUAAAGGAAGAAUUUGCUUGGUUUUGUCGUUGUUUGUAGCUGUGUGCCUUGUUUCUGCCACCGUGAGUCUAGCUCGGAGCGAAAGAGAUCGAGAACUCGGUAUUUGCAAGCUCAAGUGCGAGGAGCUUCGGGGGGUGGAGCAAGAUGAAAAGCUAAGUUGCAAGCAAAGUUGCGAAAAGUACCAUCAAGAGAAGCAGAAAAGGGAAAGAGAAGGUGGCCAGGAAAGAGAAAGAGGACACUCCGGCGCGGGUGGUGGUCAAUACGACAUCGUUUUUGCUAACAUAGAACGUGAACUCCGUGAGAUGGUGGGGAAAUGCCACCAGAGUUGCCAGGGGAGCAAAGGAGAGCAAGAGAAUCCGGAAUGCUUCCGGACAUGCAUGGAGCAAUACGGCCGACCGGAGCAAGGGAAGCGUCGCGGCAGAGGUGGUGAUGACACCAGCAUGAGUCAAAAGAGCCGGAAAGGCGAAAGGGAGUAUGGGAAAGGACAACAAUUAAAUAACCCUUACGUCUUUGAAGAUCAUCACUUCACAACAAAGAUAGAAAGCGAGCAAGGGAGUGUUAGGGUUCUGCAGAAGUUCACUGAUCGAUCGGAACUUUUCCAAGGUAUCGGGAAAUACCGUGUGGCAAUUCUCGAAGCCCAACCGCAGACUUUCAUAAUCCCAAACCAUUGGGAUGCAGACGCUCUUUUCUUCGUUGCAAAUGGAGAGGGGACUAUCAGUUUGAUCAACACAGAAAAUUCAUUAGAAAAUCACAACAUAAAACGUGGCGAUAUUUUCCGAGUACCCGCCGGAAUCAACGCGUAUCUGAUUAACCGACACAACAACGAAAAACUUGUGUUGGUCAAGAUCCUACAUUCCAUCUCCGUCCCCGGUGAAUUGCAGACAUUCGUCGGCGUAGGAGGUGACAACCCCGAAUCAUCGUUUUUCAAUGCAUUCAGCAACGAAGUUCUUCAAGCUGCAUUCGAUAUGGAUCGAGAUUCGCUGGAGAAACUGUUUGGGCAGAAGAAGCAACAACAAGGGAUGUUCAAGAAAGCUACGGAGGAACAAAUCAGAGCGUUGAGUGGCAAAGACGAAACUCGAACAUGGCCGUUUGGAGAAAGAAAGGGUCCUUACAAUAUCUACAAGGAGAAGCCAUCGGUCCAAAACGAGCAUGGAAACCUCCAUGAGGUAGAUUCCAAAGAUUUUUCGGAUCUUCGAGACAUGAAUGUCGCCUUUUCGUUGUUCAACAUAACACAGGGAUCAAUGGCGGGGCCGUUUUACAACACAAAGACGACGACGGUGUUGGUGGUGGCCGACGGUGUCGGCCUAUUUGAGAUGGCAUGCCCUCACUUAUCCGAGCAAACUGGUAGGAACAUUGAAACUUUGCCUGGUUACGAGAAAGUGAACUCUCAGAUUCGACGGGGAACCGUGGUGGUGAUUCCGGCUGGUCACCCUGUUGUACUUGAAGCUUCCGGCGAGCAGAAUCUGGAAGUGAUAGGAUUCGGGCUGAACUCAGAUCGAAACGAGUGGUUCCCACUUGCCGGAAGGGACAAUGUGAUGAGCCAAUGGGAGGAUGAGGCGAUGGAGCUGACAUUCGGCAUUCCGGCGAAUGAGGUUCAAAAGGUGAUAGAGAAGCAGAAGAAGAAGCUAUUCUUCAAGGGUCCGGUGAGACGCGGUCGUGCUUUUGCCUAA